UCAGAUACUAAACUUCAAUGUGAAGGUGUAUCUAAAGCACUUAAACGAAAUAAAUCAAUCGAAUACAAUGCUACCAAGAAAUGUCUUGAGAGUUUUCCUUUUAAUGCUAAACGCGCUACCAAAAUGGUUGAUCUGACGUUACAUUUCUUGUCAAGUUAUUAUGUUUUCUUUGAUCGAGCCAAAGAAGGACCACCGGAUGGAUUUACUUAUCAACCUGUAGACCUAGAAAAUGAAUUAAAAUCGUUGCGUACUAAAACUUUUAAAUCGGAUUAUGACUUUACGACGGCUUUAAGAACUAUUCUUUUUAAAUUAAAAGAUGGUCAUACAAGAUUCAUAAAUAAUUGUUAUACGAAUUUUAUUUAUGAUCAAAAAUUAAGUUUAUAUUCUGUGAUUACGACUGAUAAAAAACAGGUUUUCAACGAUACAUUAGAUCCAUCAAAUAAUGACUGUGAAGUCAUUGAAAUUGAGGGAAAACCUGCAUUACAAGUGAUAAUUGAUUUUGCAAAUGAUAAAAUCGCCUAUUCAAAAGAUUUGGGCGUUCGAUUCAACAUGGCUUUGGCUCCUAGCAGACCAGAAUAUUCACAACACUUUACUUUACGAGAAGAUUUACCUGAAACUUCUAGCAUCGCAUAUACCUUGAAGUGUCCAAAAAAACACAAGAACAAAUCUUUUAAAUUAGAAAGGCCAUGGAACAUUACAUAUGCAGAUGGAAUUGGUCUUUUUGAGAACUUUUGUUUAACACAAAAUAACAUUACUUCUUUUUCACUUAAUGAUAAUUUUGCAUCAAGUAGUAAAGUUACAAAGUUAGUAUCAAACGAUAAAAAUCCAGAGUCAGAAUCAAGCAAUAAACUUAAAGCAUCGACAUCGAGUAAUAAAAUUGCACAUGCGAAAUUAGUAGUUGAUGAUUUUUACAUAUUAGAUGACGAAAACAAAGUUGGUAUUGCAGUAAUUACUCAAGAAAAACAAAUCUUUGAGGCUGGACAAAAAUUUGGGUUUAAUGAAUUAAAAAAACGAGGUGUAGAAAAGCUUAUUUUAGAUAUGACAAAUAAUAUUGGUGGAGCUCUUACUGAAACUCUAUUCUUGACAUCAUUACUACUUUCAUCUGAACAACCCAAUUCGUUUCCGACGAAUAUAAUUAUUAAUGAUUUUACUAUUCGAACAAUUGAAGACAAUUUUAAACACUUAAGUUCAGAUGAUUAUAAUUUGUAUAAUCCAAAUUUUUAUUUGAAGUUUCCUCGCGGCGAUAAAUUUAGAUCUCCUAGUGAGUUUAUAGGAACUCGAAAAAAUCGAACAUCUAAUUUAUACCUUAAUGCUCUAACACCCGAUGAAAAGAAAUUACUCAAUAACACCUCUUUUCCAUGGACUAGUGAUGAUAUCAUCAUUUUAACUAAUGGAUUUUGUGCAUCCGCAUGUGCGUUAAUCACCAUGUUUUUUUCUGAAAUUCAUAAUGUUAAAACAGUUGCCGUUGGUGGUCUUUAUAAUACACAAAUGUCAUAUUCUACUUUUCCUGGUGGUGAAGUUACAUCAGAAAAUAUUAUUGGAGGUGAUGCUGGCGAUAAUUCUACUGAAUUUCCAGGAGUGAACGCGCUUCUUCUUACUGUAAGAGAAGCUCAUGAUUUUGUCAAAAAUGGUACCAUAAAAGUAAAAGAUGUAUUAGAAUAUUCAUAUAAACCUGCUAAAUAUAGACUUUAUUAUGAUGAAAAUAAUGCUAAAGAUCCUAGCUUAUUAUGGCUUGAAGCUUCUAAAAUUUUAAACAAAAAAACUUAG